UCCUGUUUCUCUCCUCAUUCUCUCUAGUCUCUCGCCCUUUACUUUCCAGCAAGGUUUUUAUUACGCUUUGGAAAAAUCGUUUCUUUACAGAUUAUUCUCUCUUUUAAAGUAAAAAAAAAAUCCCAUCUUUGAUGUAAAAUAUUGGAAAAUGAAUCCCGCGAGUUCGUUCCGAGUGAAAUACGCAGAGCGAAGAAGAGUUACUAAUAAGUUAGUGAAGCCGUCGAGCAAGUGGUUUUCCAUGGAGUCCAGAGCCAAAGCCCCUAGAAUUGUCAGAAUUUCUGUCACCGAUGGCGAUGCAACGGAUUCUUCUAGCGACGAGAGCGAACAUGAGAGAAAUCAUAGAGUGAAAAGGUAUGUAAACGAAAUCAGGAUCGAAGAUUGUUCCACAUUCAAUUUCUCCAAGUCAGCAAACAAGCAAAACAAGCAAACAAAUAGUAAGUGCAAUCCAGUCAAUAUCAGAUCAAAGAAGCAGCAACAGCAAUGUUUGUCUACCGGGGUAAAGUACCGUGGGGUUCGGCAAAGACCGUGGGGCAGAUGGGCGGCUGAGAUCAGGGAUCCUACGAGUCGAACCAGGGUCUGGCUUGGGACUUAUGACACUGCUGAAGAAGCUGCCUUGGUUUAUGACAGAGCCGCGAUUCGAAUCAAAGGCCCUGACGCUCUCACAAACUUUGUAAAGCCUCCUGUGAGACCUUCGUCACCGGAGAUUGAACUUGAAACGAUUUCCGGGUAUGAUUCUGGCCAAGAAUCGCAGUCUCUCUGUUCACCUACUUCUGUUCUCAGAUUUCAGUCCAAUGAGGAAGCCGAACUUCAAACCGAGUCCAAAGAUGACUCUUGCGAGCUUACCGAAAGUGAGUGGAGACCUGUUCAGGAACGCCCGGAAGAACCAACUAACUUAUCAGAUGGGUAUUUGUUAACAGAUCCGGGGGCUCUAUGUGAUUACUUUGAUUGCGAUAACCUUGCGCCAAUAUUUUUGGAUGAGAUGAGGUUACCAGAAGAGAGAAAUUUGGAACAAGAUUAUGGUGAUAUUUCUGUUAAAUUAGAUGUCGAUUUUGGGUCUUGUACGUGGGAUGUCGAUAAUUACUAUUAAGAUCAGUGUAGUUUGCCCUGCAAAACAUUACCAUGGAGUUGCAGCCCUGGAAAUGUUCAGAUGGUGCCCCUUUUUUGCUGGUAAAUACUUUUGUCAAGCGUAAUUCAUGUGAAUGUGAUGGUAAAUUCCGAGUGGAAUUUUGGAUACAUUUCCCGCAGUCUUUUACUUCCUCUCUACUACUUUCUAGGUGUGUUUCUCUACUACUACCACAGUGUGUAAAGAAAUGCCAAGCAAAUAUGUAAAUUCUUGCUUCUUCCAAGGGUUCUUUUUCGUGUAUGUGUUCCCCUUCUUUCGUGAAUUGAAUAGGUUCGGUGUGCGUUUCAAUUGGCGUGGACGUGGUGCGUGUGCUAGGAAGCGUGCUUUGCGGUUAUGGUUUUUAUUCAAAAAAGAGUAUAAUCUGAUUGUUUUUCUUUCGGUUUGUUCAUUUCUUUGCUUUAGAUCUUUUCCUUGUCUGUGUAUUUGAUGGGGGUCGGUGAGAUAUUUUUUUAAUUUUUAAUGGAGCACUGGCUCGCGGGGACUCAAAAAGGCUGCCAAGUUAAGCUAAAGUUGGUUCCCAUGUUCCACGGUUCGCCACCUUAGACGCUUGUUAGCCAUAAACGCUUUCUGGGUUUUUUUGUUAGGAGCCAUUCUUUUCAAGAAUGGCUUGCCGUCCAAUUCCAUGCCACUUGUUCCCUUGUUUGGUUUUCCUUGCGUCAAGGUUUAGAAGCCUGUUAAUCCAACGAGGAAAACAAUAUCAUUACCUGUUGGAAAUCUUACCACUUGAUGGUCUAAAAAUGUAUAGUUACGUUUCUUUCACUCUCUAUUUCUCGUGCUCUAAUUUCACCAUCGGUGUUAAAAAGUACGCGGUGAACCAUCUUGUUAUGUAAGAAUAUUUGAAGAGAAUAAGAGACACGUUUUGUUCCA